GAGGGCAAAAAAAAUUCCAACAAGAAAAGAAAAACGGCAGAGAAGAAGACGAAGAUGAAGAUGAAAAUACUCCUCUUCAUACUUGCUCAAACACAUGUGCUCCUGACUCUUCCCAAUUUCUACGUAGCAGCAGACGACAGACAAGAACAGAAAACGACGUACAUAAUCCACAUGGACAAUUCCAACAAGCCAGCAGUUUUUGAAGAUCAUGUCAACUGGUAUGAUUCCUCUUUGAGAUCGGUAUCGGACUCCGGCGAAAUGCUUUACACCUACAACAACGUAAUCCAUGGCUUCUCCACAAGCCUCAACUACAAAGAAGCAGAGUUGCUCAAAAUACAACCGGGUGUUGUCUCUGUUAUUCCCGAAACCAUAUACGAGCUCCACACAACUCGGACGCCAGACUUCCUCGGACUAAUGGAGGAGAACGCUAGUAAUUCCAUUUUACCUUCGCCGGGAAAAGUCGGCAACGUCGUGGUCGGCAUGCUGGACACCGGAGUUUGGCCCGAGAUCAGAAGCUACGACGACACGGGGCUCGGCCCGGUGCCGAGAAGCUGGAAAGGAAGCUGCGUAGUAGGGAAGAACUUCAACUCCUCGAGCUGUAACAGAAAGCUGAUCGGAGCGAGGCUUUUCUCAAAGGGAUAUGAGAAAAGAAUUGGACAUUCGAUCGACGAGAAAGUGGAAUCGAAAUCGCCGAGAGACGACCACGGCCAUGGAACUCACACCUCAAGCACCGCAGCCGGGUCGGCUGUCGAAGAUGCUGGAUUUUUGGGCUAUGCUUCCGGGACAGCACGCGGAAUGGCCACUGCGGCACGAGUCGCUGUUUACAAGGUUUGCUGGCUCGGCGGAUGUUUUGGCUCCGACAUAAUCGCAGCCGUCGAUAAAGCCAUAGAAGAUGGCGUCCAUGUUCUAUCAAUGUCCUUCGGUGGAGGCUCCCCUGAUUACCAUUCCGACAACGUCGCCAUCGCAGCUUUUGCAGCCACAGCACGAGGAAUCCUAGUAUCCGCCUCGGCCGGAAACAAUGGACCGCGUUUUGGGACCUUGUCUAAUGUCGCGCCUUGGAUAACCACCGUCGGAGCGGGGACACUGGACCGUGAUUUCCCUGCUUAUGUUAAGCUUGGAAACGGGAAAACAUAUAAAGGCAUUUCGCUGUACGGCGGGAAACCUUUGUCUGAUAAGGUGUUGGUUCCGAUUGUCUCAGCUUACAACGCAAGUACCUCAACCGACGGUCGUCUAUGCUUGGUAGGCACUUUGAUUCCCGAAAAGGUUGCUGGUAAAAUAGUGAUAUGCAACCGAGGGAGAAUGCAGAGGACCCUAAAGGGUUUGGUGGUGAAAGACGCUGGUGGAGUUGGCAUGAUUUUAACCAGCAACGACAUUUCUAAUGGUGAAGAGCUAGUCGCGGAUGCGCAUUUUUUGCCCACAGCAGCUCUUAGCCUAGAAAAAGGAAAUGAGAUUAAAAAAUAUGCGGAUCAUGUGGCUAAUCCAACAGCCACAAUCAUUCAAGGAGGCACAAAGUUGGGAGUUCAACCUUCGCCAAUAGUUGCAGCCUUCAGCUCCCGGGGUCCAAAUCCAGUCACCCCAGAGAUACUCAAACCAGACGUUAUAGCCCCUGGGGUGAAUAUCCUUGCUGGAUGGACCGGUGCCGCGGGUCCAACUGGAUUGGGCCUUGACAAGAGACGGGUGAGAUUCAACAUCAUUUCAGGCACGUCAAUGUCUUGUCCUCACGUAAGCGGCCUUGCAGCCCUUCUCAAGGCUGCACAUCCCGAAUGGAGCCCUGCUGCUAUUAAAUCGGCCCUCAUGACCACCGCCUAUUCGACCUACAAACAAGGUGAAACCAUAAAAGAUGUUGUCACCACGAGUGCCGCGACCCCGUUUGAUUUCGGGGCUGGCCAUGUGGAUCCAGUGGCGGCACUUGACCCUGGCCUUGUCUACGAUGCUACCGUUGAAGACUACAUAAACUUUUUGUGUGCCUCUAAUUAUACUCCGGAGCAGAUUAAGACCGUCACUAAGAGGGAUUUUACCUGCAAUGUGAGAAAGAAGUACAGUGUGGGAGAUCUUAACUACCCAUCUUUUUCCGUUACUCUUGGAAAGGCAUCAAGAAGAGUGACAUACACUAGAAACCUAACAAAUGUUGGUGCCCCUGCAACAUAUAAAGUCUCGGUAUCAAAGGUUGACGCAGUGAAGAUCUUGGUCAAACCCAAAGCGUUGACUUUCAAGCAGACGUAUGAGAAGAAGACUUACACUGUCACAUUUGUUGCGCGUUCUAUGUUAAGGAAUACAAUACGCUCUGCUCAUCUGGAAUGGUCCGAUGGAAAACACAUUGUUAGGAGCAUUGUUGCUUUUAGGUGGACAUAAGAAGUACUAUAGAAUUCAGUAGCAAAAA